AUGUAUUGGGAUAAAUUUUAUUUAAAACGAAGAGGGUUUGUUGCUUCUUCAAAAGAAAGAAAUUGGAUGUGUAGAGAAUUUAAAGAAAUUGUGUAUGAUCCAAGAGAUGAUAUUGAUGUAUUUGAAAUUGGGUGUGGUGUUGGUAAUUCUAUGGUACCAUUAUUACGUGUUAAUCCAUCAUUAAAGUUUUAUGCAUGUGAUAUUGCACCAAAAGCUGUUGAUGCUGUAAAUGCAGAUGAAUAUCUAAAAGGAUAUUUAACAGCAUUUGUACAAGACAUCACUCAACCUAUUCCAACAAGUAUAAUGACAGAUUAUUCUGUUGAUUACAUUCUCCUUGUCUUUGUUCUUUCUACUAUUUCACCAUCAAUGUUUAAUCAAACAUUAAAAAAUCUUGACAGAGUUUUACGACCAGGUGGAGUGUUCUUUUUUAGAGAUUAUGGAGAAGGUGAUAUGAAACAAGAUAUUUUUGAGAAACGAGGAAAUAAACUUUCAGAAAGAUUUUAUUUAAGACAAGAUGGAACAAGAAUUUAUUUCUUUAGUGAAGAAGAAACUUCAAAUUUUUGUAAAAUGCUUGGAUAUGAGUCAAUGGAACAAAAAAUGGUUUGUAACACAAACAUUAAUCAUAAAAAAAAUCUAACUAUGGUAAGAAAAUAUAUUCAAGCCAAGUGGAGAAAACCAUUAAAUUAA